UCAGACACAAGCUGCAGUCCACACGCAGGUAAAAAUGAGGAGCUUUGCUGGGAUUUGUGGACUCAUUUUUAUUUGUUUCUUGAGCCGCUCAGUGCAGAAUCCUGGAGCUUCUCAAGGAACAGACUGCUCAGAGAUACAGCGUCGAUCCCCACAGGCAAAAAGUGGGAUUUAUACAAUCCAACCUGCUGGACUCAAGAAACCUGUCAAGGUGCAUUGUGAGAUGUAUCCUGAUGGAGGCUGGACAGUCUUUCAGUACCGCAGUGGAAGUUCAGUUCCCUUCAACAGGACCUGGUGUGACUACAAAAAUGGUUUUGGAGCUCCACCACAGGAUUACUGGCUCGGUCUGAUGGCAGUCCAUCUUAUGACCAACAACAACAACAGGAAAUGGACCUUGAGGGUGGACCUGAGAGACCACGAAGGCGGCAUGGCUUAUGCUGAGUAUCGCAAUUUCCGACUCGACAAUGAGAAAAAUGCUUUCAAACUCCAUGUUGGUGCUUACCAAGGAACUGCAGGUAACGCCAUCCGUGGUUCCUAUGCGGGCAUUGACCAGAACGGCUUCGGCUUUAGCACCGUUGGCCAUGACAACGACGGCUGUGACCCCUGCAUCUUUGGAGACAUAGCUGUAAAUGAAUGUGUCUUUUCAGAGGGAGGCGGUUGGUGGUUCAGCCGCUGUGGUUCUGCCAAUCUGAACGGAGAAUGGCAUCCUACUGGAGACCACAUUGGUUGGGCCUCAGGGCUCCACUGGAGAACCUGGAAAGGACCAGCUCCUUACUCUGCCAAGUCCACCAGAAUGAUGAUCAAGUCUGAGUGAAA